UUGAACAGAAAAGUGAUUUGGAAAUUUUGAAUCGAAUAAAAAUGAUUUUUUUUUACAAAAAAAGAACUUAAAUUGAGAUAAAGACACAAAAACAAUAUUCAGUUUCGGUGGUGCAUUGAAACGAUAAUCAUAUUUGCUUUACACCGGGAUUUGUUGACAAGUGAAAGCCUUCUUUCCAUUGAAAAUUUCCAUUAACAAAACACUUUUUUUUGAUUGUACCUUACCCAUUUUCGUAUAAGUCCGGAAAAUGUAUUUUGUUGUUCAUUUUUAACCAAAAAAAAAGGUGCGAUACGUGCUACAUUAUCGUAUUUAUUAUAUACUAGUGCAGUUGGUGGUGUUAUUUUUGUAUACCAAUUUUUCAUACGAUUUCGACGUGAAAAUAUUUAUACAUUUCGAAUGUUGUGUUUUGUAUACUAGACCGAUUAGUCUCUUCCAUGGAUGUGUGCUGGUUUGGAAAUGGAAAACCCAUCGUUUAAUAUCUAAAUAUUGGAUUCCGGAGAUGAUACAUUGGAUAUAAGGCGAUAUAACGAAGAUAUUUAAUUUAUUGAGAAUUGAUGUGCGCGUAUAUGGUUCCAUAAAAAUGUUGGGUAGCAGUAGCUUGAUAACAUGGAGACAGCAACGUAUUUCACCAAAACAUAUAUGAUAAGAAACGAAAACAAAGCCAUUCAAAAUGAGCGGACUCGGGUCAACGGAAUACUCGUCAACGCCGUUGAUGGGACCACCGGACGACCUAUUCAAUAUUUCAGCAAAUGCAUCGGUGGCCACCGAGACGGGUUUGCGAUUUUCGAUACCGAAAAUCAUUAUCAUCGCUCUUUUUGCAUCGAUUGCCAGCAUAGCCACAGUUGUUGGCAAUGUUAUGGUGAUGAUUUCGUUCAAAAUCGAUAAACAGUUGCAAACGAUAAGCAACUACUUUCUGUUUUCGUUGGCUAUAGCAGAUUUUGCCAUCGGACUGAUAUCGAUGCCACUGUUUACAGUGACAACGUUAUUGGGUUAUUGGCCGUUGGGACCAUAUGUUUGCGAUACAUGGCUUGCGUUAGACUAUCUUGCAUCGAACGCGUCGGUACUAAAUUUACUAAUCAUUAGCUUCGAUCGCUAUUUUAGUGUUACUAGACCGCUAACAUAUCGAGCUAAGAGAACAACGAAUCGUGCCGCAAUUAUGAUUGGUGCUGCUUGGGGUAUAAGUUUAUUGUUAUGGCCGCCGUGGAUCUACAGUUGGCCUUACAUUGAGGGUAAACGAACAGUGCCGCAAAACGAGUGCUACAUUCAGUUCAUCGAAACGAACCAUUACAUUACAUUUGGAACCGCUAUUGCAGCCUUUUAUGUGCCUGUGACAGUUAUGUGCUUUUUGUAUUAUAGGAUAUGGCGAGAAACGAAAAAACGGCAAAAAGAUUUGCCGAAUUUACAGGCUGGAAAAAAAGAUUCGUCAAAACGAUCGAAUUCGAGUGAUGAAACGACACAAGUGAAUCAUUCUGGUAUGAUAACGCAAGUCACAAGUGAUGGCGAUGGAUAUGGAGUUUGGCGGCGACCACGAUCAGAAUCAUCUGCCGAUGCGGAAAGCGUGUACAUGACCAAUGCUGUUCUGUCCGAUUCCGGAUACGCACACCACUCGCGAAGAUCGAGUACUGCAACAGGGGCACCGGCCGCUCCAAAAAAUUGCUAUGCUGGCAUUAAAGACUGGUGUAUAGCAUGGUGGCAUUCGGGACGUGAUGAUUCCGAUGAUUAUGCGUACGAUCAAGAGGAACCAUCAGAUUUAGGGUAUGCAACACCUGUAUCCAUAGAAACUCCUUUACAAAGCUCCGUUUCCAGAUGCACAUCGUUGAAUGUUAUCCGUGAUCCAUAUUCAACUGGCCGGCCUGGACUGGUGAGCAUAAUUCCUGACGCUUCGCCUACACCAGCACGACCACCAUUAGCACCGCUAUCGCAACUACAAGAACAUCAGCAAGGUGCUCGAGAUUCUCGAUCACUGCCGAACAGUAAUCGUCUCGGUUCAAGGUCCGUCAGCCAAGAUUCGGUAUAUACAAUUCUAAUACGUUUACCGCCUGACGGUGGCACCGGAGACGAUCGAGCGCCGUCGAUAAAAAUGAUCCAAGAUGAUGUUCCUUUACCGGUCAUGACAGUACCGCCACGCAGACCACUGCCAUCACGCGAUUCCGAAUACAGUUUGCCAUUGGGCAGACGACUGUCACACGCUCCCGACAUUCGAAUACCGUUGAAUGCCAAAAUUAUUCCGAAACCCAUGCUCAAACCACAUCCACCGCCACGACAAGCGAAAAAGAAGAAAAAAUCACAAGAGAAACGACAAGAAACAAAAGCAGCCAAAACGCUGUCAGCCAUUCUACUGAGUUUUAUAAUAACUUGGACACCAUACAACAUACUGGUUUUGCUGAAACCGCUGACAUCGUGCACAAAGUGCAUACCACAGGAAUUGUGGGACUUUUUCUAUGCUUUGUGCUACAUCAAUUCCCUCAUAAAUCCCAUGUGCUACGCGUUGUGCAAUGCAUCGUUCCGGCGAACAUAUGUUCGAAUUUUGACAUGUAAAUGGCACACCAGAAAUCGGGAGGCUAUGACACGCGGUGUAUAUAAUUAGAGGAAGGAUGGGAUGGGUAAUAGUUUUCGUUGUUGUUUGCUAAACCAUUUUUGAUUUGCCAAUUUAUUAGAAAGAAGGAAAGAAAAAAAUUUGUAAUCGAAACGACCGACUUUAGCCUGUAAGUGAACUUUAUAAUAUUAUUGGUGUGGAUAGGACGAAAACUUUCAUUAAAAAAAUAGCAUAAAACGACAACAGUAAAUUCAACUCAAUGCAAUAUAACAUCCGGUUGAUUUUAUCGAGUUCUUGAAAAUCGAAAACUUUAGUUCUAUUCCACAUUCGGCGUACUAAUGACUUUCAACAUUCUUGGUGACCGUGACCAUGUUUCCACACUUAACGAUUGCUUUUAUAAGAAGGUGUCUGGACACAAAGGGUGUGCUUUUCUGAAGAG